GUAUGUGUUUCUAAGGAAUUGUGAUGUUGGCAUUUUGAUUUUUUACAAGCUGUGUUGUUUUUAUUUCAGACCGUUGUAAACUAUGACAGACACUGAGUUUGUAAAGUUGCCGGUGGAGGAGCGUUGUCAGCAUAAGUUAUGGAAAGCUCGCCUUAGUGGGUAUGAAGAUGCCAUCAAUCUUUUUGGAUCUGUCACCGACCCCAAGGGUCCAGAGUUUCAGAAGUUUUUGCCUCUCAUCAAGAACUUUGUCACAGACAGCAAUGCAGUGUCCCAGGAAAAGGGCCUGGCAGCUGUGCUGUCAUUCGUUGAAAAUGCCCAACCAGCCAAUCGCAUCUGCGGCGAUGUCCUCACUGGGCUCGUCGCCAAAUGCAUUGCCGCCCCAAAGCAGAAGACACGGGAACUGGCACAGGAGAUCAUCUACAUGUACGUCGAAAUCGAGAAGCAGGAGGUGGUUGUAGAGGAACUGGUUAAGGCACUGGACAACAAGAAUCCAAAGAUAGUGUCGGGAUGCGUGGCAACAUUUCGAGAGUGCUUACGUCUCUUCGGUGCCAACAUUAUAGCUGUGAAUCCUAUCUUCAGGGCACUUCCAAAACUUCUCGAGCACAGGGAUAAAACGGUGCGUGACGAGAGCAAGCUGCUGACUAUUGAACUGUAUCGCUGGACUGGAGAUGCGUUAAAGCCCCUGCUGCAAUCUAUGAAGCCCGUUCAAGUGUCCGAGCUUGAGGCAGAGUUUUCCAAAGUGGAGAAGGGCACUGCAUCUCCAGAGCGUUACAUCCGGUCGGAGCAGACAGGAAGAGCACAGGCACCUGAUGCUGGUACUGAUGGUGGGGUUGAUAUUGAAGAGGGUGACGAGUGUGGCGGUGGAGCUGUUGUUGAUGGGUAUGACCUGUUGGAAGCCGUCGACAUACUCUCCAAGCUCCCCAAAGACUUUUACGAACAGUGCGAGGCCAAGAAGUGGCAAGAGAGAAGAGAGGCGCUUGAAAAACUUCUCGAGAUCGCAAGCAAUCUUAAGCUUGAACCUGGUGACUAUGGCGAUCUCGUCAAAGCGCUGAAGAGGAUAGUGGCCAAGGACAGCAACGUCGUCGUGGUGGCGCUCGCAGCCAAAUGCUUGGCGGGGCUGGCAGCCGGCUUGAGGCAAAAGUUUCACCCAUAUGCGAAUGCCUGCAUCUCGACAUGCAUAGAGAAAUUCAAAGAAAAGAAACAGAAUGUGGUCACUGCUCUGAGAGAAGCACUGGACAAUGCACUCCAGGCCACAAAUUUGGAAGCCAUCUUGGAGGAUGUCGCAGGGGCUCUGGAGAACAAGAAUCCUCAGAUAAAGGCAGAGACGACCCUGUUCUUGGCACGUGUCUUCUCCAAGUCCACACCGGCUGCAUUGAACAAGAAGCUGCUAAAAGCAUUGGUGACGUCUUUGCUCAAAACUCUGAAUGACUCUGACCCAGCAGUGAGGGAAGGCGCAAGCAUGGCCUUGGGGACAGCGAUGAAAGUGGUAGGGGAACGAGUGUUGACGCCUUUCCUUGGUGACCUGGACAAUCUCAAAAUGGAGAAGGUCAAAGAGUGCUGCAAGAAAGCAGAGGUGGUGGCCGCACCACCUCAAAAGGCCCCCCGCAAGCCUGCUGUGGCUGCUUCCCCAGCCAAGCGUAGCACAGAGUCGAAGCCAGAAGCGCCCGUGCAAAGGAAGGCCACAACUGCAGUGGCCAAGCCUCGUGGUGGUGCCCGGGUUGUGAGACCAGGUGCUGCUUCCUCUGCUGCGCCAUCGUCUGGACCUGCGAAAACACAGUCUUCUUCCAAGAUGACUGUGAAGCCCGGGAGUUCUGGCAAGUCAUCUCGGAAGGAGGUGGACAUGAGUCCCCUGCUGUCUGUGAACAACUUGAAAGAACAGCGAAUAGCAUUCGAGAGGGCCCUCAAGCUGCUCAAGUGGAACUUCAGCACUCCACGAGAGGAGUUCUGCCAGCAGCUCAAGGAGCAGAUGGUGGUGGCCAACUGGGCCCCUUCACUGGUGGUCAAUUGCUUCAGUGCUGAUUUCAAGAUGCACAUCAUGGCCAUUGACAUGCUCCUCGAGUUUCUGAGCAGCCCCGGUGGUGUGGAAGCCACCAGUGCUAAUGUGGACCUUGUGCUCAAGUGGUUUACUCUUCGCUUCUUUGACACCAACCCAAGUGUGCUGCUGCGAGCUCUGGAGUACCUGCAGGCACUGUUUCCUGCACUGUACGAGGCGGGCUAUAAGAUGCACGACCUCGAGGCGUCUUCCUUCCUGCCGUACCUGAUCCGCAAGGCUGGGGAUCCUAAGGACACGGUGCGCAAAGGGGCGCACGAUAUCUUCCGGCGCAUCUACAAGGUGUUCCCAGGUGUCAAAAUGUUCACUUACCUCAUGCAGGGUCUGUCAUCCAAGAACGCGCGACAACGGGCAGGGUGCUUGGAGGAACUGGGCUUCCUAUUUAAAGUUUUCGGCCUUCCCAUCUCUGAACCUACACCGCCAGUGCUUCUCAAGGAAGUGGCUAGCCACAUUUCAGACAGAGACAAUGCUGUGAGGAAUGCAGCGCUCAAUUGCGUUGUAGAGGCCUUCUUUUGCGAAGAGGAGAGGGUCUUUAAGUACAUUGGCCAGCUUUCGGACAAGGAAAAGUCUCUACUUGAAGAACGCAUCAAGUGGGCAUCACGCACGCGCCUCAUGACUGUGUUGCCACCCGAGGAAUCCACACCCAUCAAGAACUCGACACCACCACGUCCGCAGUCGGCUGUGUUUGUAUCUGCCACCAUGAUGGAGCCAGAACCUGACCCAGAGGAAGUGGUGCACAGGCGUCCGAAGAGUGGCACCCCGUCGGGGGCACGUCCGCGAUCACUUGGUGUAACUCUCGGCUCAGACUUGGAACGCAUGGUGGAGCAAGCAGCCUUGGCACCACUCAAAGUUGCGGCCCUUCAGGAGGUGGAUGCUGAUGCCAUCUUGGCUGAGCCACCCAUCCGGCUGCCUCCCCAGAGCCCUCUAAGCCAUGCUCACAGGCUGCUCCUCGACACCGAUUCCCUCAGCGCCCUCAUGUUGAGGUUGACGUCAGAGGAAAUUCCUGUUGUGCUUGAAAGCCUCGCCGAGCUACAGCUUGUACUGGACACGGCACUUGGCACCGAUGGCGGUUCUGCACUGCUCGGCAGUCCCGACCAACUGGUGAUCAUGUUGUCCGUGCAGUACCGGCUGCUGCACACCAAGCACAUAACUGAUGACGGCAUUGCCCAGGCAGACAUGGUGGAGCUGUACAGCCAGAUGGCAGCUGUGCUCCUCAAGGUGUUUGAUGGCCGCACGUUGGGGCAACGUGUGAGCACUGGUGUUCUCAAGGAACUGCUGCCUCAGCUGCUGAUGCUUCUGCUGGACAAGCGCUUCAACGAGCUCCGUCAUUGGCCUCAUUUGCAGCGGACAGUCAAUGUCCUUGCUCUCAACAUCAUCCGCAAUGGGAACCCAAAUUGUGUUCUUAGUGCACUGAUAACGCACCUACAUGACUGCUUGGGCAACAUGAGCAUGCAGGCAUCGGAAAAGUACAUUGGCCUGGUUAUCAAGAUCGUUUUGAAGACGAGUCCCGCACGGACGCGCACUUUCUCCACGUCGCAGAUCGCUUUCAAGAUACGGCGCCCGUGCGGCCGCUGCUGA